GAAAUUAUUAUAUUAUGGCCGACCACCUGCGAACAACUAUUUUCGCUCUGGCUGAUGGUGCCACAUUUGAACCCAAAGGGCGAGGUUAUAUUCUUAAAAAAUUAGUCAAAAAGGCCACCUUGCUGGCCUAUUUACUUGGUUUGAGCACUGAACAAUUGAUAGAAGUCAGCAAAAAAUUGAUUGCGGUUAAUUCUUCUUAUUACCAACAUUUAAAAAAAAGGGAGGAUUUAAUAAUUAAUGAGUUAAAAAAAGAAAUCGUUAAGACUAGGGAGUUUAUCGAUAAAUCAAUCCAAGAAUUAGGCAAGUAUUACGAGCCUUCAAUUACAGCCAAAGAUAUAUUUUUUUGGUAUGAUACCAAAGGUAUUCCAGAGGAGUUGAUCCGUUUUUUUUUAGCAAAAAAUAAUUAUCAGUUUCCCGAAAGAGAAUUUAAUCAACUAUUAGAGAAACAAAAAGAGAGAGGUCGCCAGGACCGAGCCGGAAAAAAAGUAGCGCCAGGUUUGGAAAUGAAAAGCCGACGUGUUGGGGCUGAAAAGAGACGGGUUCCCAAAGAAAUUGAUGAUGAACGAGGCGAAAAAAUAGAACUUCUUAAUGCUUAUAAUAAAUCUGGUGCCGCCUACAAAAAGAAAGAAAAUCUCUACAAAGAAGCCGAAUCAG